AUGUCCCACGAGCCGCCGGUACCUCAUAUAUCCUCGGCAGUCCACCACGUUGCCUCGCCCGGCCCAUCGUCCGCCGAAGAGAGCACCCCCAAGUCUAUCAUCGAAGCAGACUCGGAACCCUCGGAUGGCGCCGAGAGUUACGAGAGUAGCACAAAGUCAGUUCGCGAAAGCGUCUUCGAAUUCAUCCGAGAGAAUGGAAGGACCUAUCACCGCUACGCGGCUGGUUCAUACCUAUUUCCAAACGAUCGAUCAGAGAACGAGCGCCUAGAUCUACAAUUCGAAAUCCUCAAAGUGCUAUUUGGAAUGCGCAAUUAUUUCGCGCCCCUUAAAGACCCCCGGAAAAUACUAGACAUUGGGACCGGGACAGGCAAGUGGGCGAUCGAGAUGGGAAACGAGUUUCCCGACUGUGAAAUCACCGGGACGGAUCUGUCGCCUAUACAACCUGAGUGGGUUCCAGACAACGUUCAGUUCAUCAUCGACGACGCUGCAGAAGAAGACUGGUUAAUAAAACCAAACUCGUACGACUACAUUCAUACGCGGGUGCUGUUGGGUUCUUUUGAGGAUUUUCGUGACAUCAUCCGGAAGUCGUAUCGGUACCUCAAGCCGGGAGCUUGGAUGGAGUCUCAGGAGAUUUAUCCAACGCUAUGUUGCGACGACGGGACGAUGACGGAAAGCUAUCCCUUCCAACAAUGGACCCGGACGCAGGAUGUUGCAGCCAUGAACCUGGACCGGCCGCUGCGCAUCGCGAACAAGCUGAAGCGCUGGUACGAAGAGGCUGGUUUCGUCGAUGUACACGAGGAACUCUUCAAGUUACCGAUUAACUCCUGGCCAAAGGAUCCGCAGUUCAAAAUGCUUGGACGCUUCAGCGAAAGCAGUUUGCUCCAGGGACUGCAGGGCUUCAGCCUGGCGUGGUUCCAUCGCGGUCUCGGCUGGACCAAGGAAGAGAUCGAGGUGUACCUGGUGCAAGUGCGCAAGGCCAUCUCCGAUAGGAGCAUUCAUGCAUAUCACAAAGUAUAUGUGGUGUGGGGACGCAAGCCGACAGCAGAUGAGCUUCGAGAAAAGGCUGCGGCAAAAGCCAGCCACAAAGAGAUUGAGGCGAUGCAGAAAGCGCACGCCACUGCUCCAGAUCAAUCCAAAACUGAAACACCUUGGAGCUAACAUCCGAUUACUUUUCUGAAGACACAGCCAGUGUUUGAGAUCCUAACGGCCACAGAACAAGAGUUUAUGAUUAUGACCUAACGAAGAGCAUGGCGUUUAUGGAAUGCCCUGAAUGAGAGACUGGAAUUACAAGGUUUGGUCAUGUCGGGAUGCAAAGAGAAUCAAACUAUGGGUUUCGUGUCAGCAUCUCCGUGAGCGUGCUGGAGCUUGGCAGAUUUCCUUUCUUAUCUCAAGAGCUUGAGGCCUGAGGCAACUACUUUGUGACGAUGGUGGCAUUUGACAAAGUUAUCGUAUAUUUUGCAGCGUGGACUCGGACUCGCUCAUAUAACGGCCUUUCUCCACCUACUGUUAUGUCGACAACUGUUUUUAGGAGAAUACUGCACUCUUUUUCAAUGCAGGC